GAGUGUUAUUUGUAUGUUUGUGUGUGUGUGUGUGUAUGUGUGGAGUGACUUCAACCUGCUCACUGCUGUCAUCCCUUGAGACACACAAAGAGGACAAACUAGAGCGCCUUUUUUUUUUACACGUACACGUUCAUGUCAGGAGAGAGUGACUUGUGACUUCUGAGGGACAGGAUCUUAACGGUUAAGAGCGCGUGAGGUUUGGUGAAGAGAGAGAGAGAGAGAGCCGGAGCUCCUGAACCUGCGCUGGGAUGAAGCGCUGCACGGCCGCCUUACUGCUGCUGCUCAUCGCAGUUUGUUCACUGAGCACAGAAGCAUACAAAUGCAGAUGCACCAGGAAAGGCCCCAAGAUACGAUACAAGGACGUGCAAAAACUUGAAAUCAAGCCUAAACAUCCUUUCUGCCAGGAGAAGAUGAUAUUCGUCACCAUGGAGAAUGUGUCCCGUUUCAAAGGUCAGGAGUACUGCCUGCACCCCAGACUACAGAGCACCAGGAACCUGGUCAAGUGGUUUAAGAUCAUGAAGGACAAGCACAGGGUGUACGAGGCCUAAAAUGCUGGAAAAUAUACAAAGGAUAACAAUUCUGUGGAAUGUACAAAACCACCAGUGCAUCUGUGGAUCAACAAAGGACCAGUUUUCCAAGAAUCAUGAUGCAUUUGUUCAGACAAGCUUACCAAGCACAAGACCUUUCUUCAGGAACAAUGUCUAAAAGAACAAUUGUACAAAAAAAUCUUACUCACUUUUCAAAUGUAAUUGUGGUCGAAAUUGAGCACUAUGUAUUUAUUCCAAGUGUUAGACUUCAAAAAAAAAAAAAAAAAAAAGACUGUAGGAAAGUCGUGAGUAAAAUUUAGAGGCGAGUAAUCACUAUUUUUUUUAGGUGAAAUGUUUUUCAUCUCAUGAUGUCAGCUUCUCGUUUAUUUUGGUCUGAUUUAUUGUCUUGUGGCGUGUAAAAGGGUUCUGCCACAUUUGUUAUUUAACUCCCUGAGAGAAGCCAUACAAUAUUGUACAGUAGUGUGCUAUCCAGAUGAAUUAGAAAACAUCUAAAGAUCUAAAGGGGUUUUUCCAUCUUCCCAGUCUUUGUCUAUACGUGAAUACAAACCAUAUGUUAUUUUCAUAUUGCAGUAAAUCUAGUUUCAUACGUGGUGAUAUAGAGCACAACCAUAUUUAAAAAGAAAAUGUAUGUAAAUAAAUAGCUUGUAUCUGUUUACUGUGUGCCAUACCACCAUACAGCAGGUCAAAUUGUGAGCAAAGCAAAUAUUUCCACAUAAGACUGCCAAGAGUGUGCUCAUCCAGGCAGAUUUGCUAAAACGUUCCCUUAUCUUUCUACACAGUUACCUACAAUAUAGAUUUAUUAAAAACCUCAUAUAGUGUACAUAUAAUAGCUAAGGCGUAUAAAACCACUUCAUUUUCUCCAUACACAGGUUUUAUGAAAAAAGAGUAUGUGAAUUUUUAUUAAGGCCUACAGUAAGUCAGUUUGUUUACCAAAACCUUUGUAUUCAAUCCUGGCCCAUUGUACCAUUUCCUCCACCAUUCCAUAGUCCACUUGGACCUCUUCUAUACAUUUGUUAUUACUCAGGCUUAUUUAGUAUAACAGGUCUGGUACUUUAUUUUCACUGAAUGCAAAGUCAUGUAAAUCAAAUGUAUGAGAAGUGUGUAUCUUGUAAAUACUGAACAUUUGGCCUAGGUGAUUUGUUUAGAAUUUCAUAGUAGAGUGAUAUGUUGUAUUAUAAAGCUGUUUUACUAUUUAAAUAUACAAUAACAGAAAUAUUUCAGCCUUUGUGUUUGGGUUUACCCACCAAACACUGCUUCUGUUGCAUUCCUAGGAGUGUAAUGUACAAGCAGAGCAAUAAAUCUAUUUAAAUGAC